AUCAAGUCACAGUCCAAUGAGAGGCUUUCUUUCUGUCCCCAGGAAGGAAGCCUGAAGAUGGCCGGCUCCAAUUGUCACGACACGGUCUGUGGGUCAGUGACGUUCAGGGAUGUGGCUGUUGACUUCUCCCAGGAGGAGUGGGCCUGCCUGGAUGCCACUCAGAGGGUCUUAUACAGGGACAUGAUGCUGGAGACCUACAGCCACCUCGUCACAGUGGUGGGAAGCUGCGUUUCCAAGCCACAUCUGAUCACCUUGUUAGAGCAGGGCAAAGAGCCCUGGAUGGUUGUGGGGGAAGAAGCAGACAGGCCGCGCCCAGAUUUGGAGACCUGUUCUGAAGCUGAAAAUACAUCUUCAGGGAAUCAUGUUUAUAAUAGAAAUUUACCCAAAGAGAGCAUAAAGCAAUUAGGGAAAACUUUUGACCUCCAGGACUCCAGUUUUAGUAAUGGCCCCAAAUGUAGAACAUCCAGGGGACCACAGGGCUAUCAAGGAGGAGACGCUGAUCAGGAGAUUACUAACAGGGAACCAAUGCCUCCUCACACCUGCCGGACUCUUACUCACAACAUAGGAAAACCAUAUGAAUGUAAAGAGUGUGGGAAGUGCUUUGGCUGUAGGUCCACCCUCACUCAGCAUGAGAGCAUUCACACCGGAAAGAAACCCUAUGCGUGUGAGGAGUGCGGGAAGGCCUUCAGACUCCACCGACACCUUACAAGACACCAGAAAUCUCACAGCGGUGAGAAACCUUUCAAAUGUGAAGAAUGUGGAAAGGCUUUUCAUCUUUCCACCCUGCUGAAGUACCACAAAACCGUCCACACAGCUGAAAAACCCUUUGGCUGUGAGGUGUGCGGGAAGGCCUUCAAGCGUGCCUCCCACCUUGCUGAACAUAGGUCUGUUCAUGCUGGUGUGAAACCGUUUAAAUGUAACAAGUGUGGGAAAGCCUUUAAACGCCGCUCGUACCUUAUGCAACAUCAGAAAACUCAUUGUGCUGAGAGCCCUGUUCAGUGUACAGAAUGGGGAAAGGCCUUUACUGUUUUGGCACAGUUCACUCAACACCAGAACAUUCAUACUGCGGAGAAAUUUGAAUGUAAGCAGUGCGGGAAGAUAUUUAGUAAUGCCUCGUACCUAUUACGACACCAGAGUAUUCACACCGGUGAGAAACCCUUUGAAUGUGAUACGUGUGGGAAGGCUUUUCGGCUUCAGGUAUACCUUAGUGAGCAUCAGAAAACUCACACCGAAGAGAAACCUUUCAAGUGUAAGCUGUGUGGCUCAGCCUUCAGACGCAAGUACCAGCUCAGUGAACAUCAGAAAAUUCAUAUUGACGUGAGACCCUAUCAGUGCAAGGAUUGUGGGAAAUUCUUUCGCCGAAGGUCAAACUUUACGGAGCAUCAGAGUAUCCACACUGGAAAGAAGCCCUUUGAGUGUAAAGACUGUGGGAAGGUCUUUAGACUUAAUAUACAUCUCAUUCGACACCAGAGAUUCCAUAGUGGUGAGAGACCUUUUGAGUGCAAAGAAUGUGGAAAGGCUUUUCAUUUUUCCAGCCAGCUUAAUUACCAUAAAACCAUUCAUACAGGUCAAACACCAUACGAGUGUGAGGAAUGCGGGAAGUCCUUCAAGCGUGUCUCCAGCCUUGUUGGACAUAGAAUCAUUCAUGCUGGUGUGAAACCAUAUGAAUGUAAGGAGUGUGGGAAAGCCUUUAAUCGUCGCUCAAACCUCCUGCAGCACCAGAAAAUUCAUUCUGGUGAGAGACCCUUUCAGUGUAAGGAGUGUGGGAAGGGCUUCACUGUCUUGGCACAGCUCACACGGCACCAGAGCAUCCACACUGGAGAGAAAUCAUUUGAGUGUGAGCAGUGUGGGUCAGCCUUCAGACUCCAGUACCAACUUACUCAGCACCAGAGAAUUCACACCGACGUCAAGCCAUUUCAGUGCAAGGAGUGUGGAAAGGGCUUUCUUCGUGGCACAGGCCUUAGAAUCCAUGAGAGAAUCCACACUGGGGAGAGGCCCUUUCAGUGCAAGGAGUGUGGAGAGGGCUUCCAAUAUCACUACCAAUUCCUUGGACACUGUAGAAUCCAUGCUGGCGAGAACCCGUAUGAAUGUAAAGACUGUGGGAAGUGCUUUACUCGUGGUGGAGACCUUAAAGCACAUCAGAGAAUCCACACUGGUGAAGGCCUUUAG